GCCACUCAACCCAGCAUUCGAGGCGUCUGUGAUCUGGCCUCUUCCUCCAUUUCACAUGCCCUCUGCUCCGGGCAGAAUGUCACCCAUGGGGGGGCCCCAGUGGGCCACUUGCUUGUCCCUUCCCACCUCCCAGCCAUUGUCCAAAUGCCUCCUCCCGCCUAAAGUGUCUUCCCUGGUCCUCUGUCUAACAAAGGCCUCCACCCAUGUCACACAGCUGGGCUGAGUCCUCUGUACCCUGGCUUUAUUCCCCACAUUUUAUAGAUGGGGAAACUGAGGUUGGGAGGGGACUUUGCUGGAUCUCCUGACUAAUAAAUAGCAGGUCUGGCAUCUGAGGCUCAUGACAGCCACCAUGUCCUGGUGCCCUUUGCUUCUGACCGAGUACAGUUCUCUGGACCCAUCUGGCUCUGCCCUGGCCAGCUCUGGAGCAGAGCACUGGGAUUAGGGCCGGGGCUGCCUGCCUCACUUACCCUAAUCCCCCUCAGAGCCCGAUCCUAGGCUCCCAGCUCUAAGAGUGGGGGUGCAUAAGCAGCUUUAUGAGUCCUGAGAGCCAAGGGUGCCCAGGAGUGCUGUGUCUCUGAGCCCUGUCAUCCCUCCCCCAUGGCCACAGAGCAGGUGAGCGGGCAGCAUGGCCCAGACCCAGCCACUGGCCCUCAGAAGACCCCUGUGACUCCCAAGAAUGAUGCGGAGGAGCCCCCGAUGACCAGGAAGAGGAGCAAGAAGGAGAGGGGACUCCGAGGGUCCCGGAAGCGCACUGGCAGCUCUGGGGACCAGGCAGGCCCCGAGGCCCCCGGGAACAGCAAGAACCCUCCCAGGACUGGAGAGGGGCUGGCAGGGGUACCCCCUGCAUCCCCUGGGCCGGCCUCUUCGCGCCAGUCCCACCGACAUCGUCCUGACUCCCGGCACGACGCUGCUCAGAGGACAUACGGGCCCCUGCUCAAUCGAGUCUUCGGGAAGGACCGAGAGCUGGGCCCAGAGGAGCUAGACGAGCUUCAGGCCGCCUUUGAGGAGUUUGACACUGACCGUGACGGCUACAUCAGCCACCGGGAGCUGGGCGACUGCAUGCGGACCCUGGGCUACAUGCCCACUGAGAUGGAGCUCCUGGAGGUCUCCCAGCACAUCAAGAUGCGCAUGGGUGGCCGUGUGGACUUUGAGGAGUUUGUGGAACUGAUAGGCCCAAAGCUAAGGGAGGAGACGGCGCACAUGCUGGGGGUGCGGGAGCUGCGCAUCGCCUUCCGAGAGUUUGACAGGGACAGGGAUGGACGAAUUACCGUGCCAGAGCUUCGGGAGGCAGUGCCGUCUCUGCUUGGGGAGCCACUGGCGGGUCCUGAGCUGGACGAGAUGCUCCGAGAAGUGGACCUCAAUGGGGAUGGCACCGUAGACUUUGAUGAGUUUGUGAUGAUGCUCUCCCGCCACUGAGGCUUCAGGAGGGAGUAUCUGUUGCCCCCGGGCCCCAGAUACCAGCAGGACCCAGGCUGUGCCCCUUCCCCAGGAGGCGCCAGGAUGGAGAUGGAGGGGACCCAGCAGCCCCCAGACUUCUUCUAUCCCUGAAAACACCUGGCCUCAAGGUCUGCUUGUUAUGUCACCCGCCCACCCCCAUCCUCACCUUCCCUGACUCAAGCUGCCUGGAAAAGACCUGCACUCAGCUGCCCACCGUUUCUCAGUGUGAGCAAGACUUGGGUAUCUCCAGAGCCCUGGAAGGUAGGGAGUUCCCUGGCACUGGCAGCAUUCAGUGCCCCCCCACUCCAGUGGCAUGAUGAAUUGAGAGGGUGGCUGGACCUCUCCUGCUACUUACGUUUAUAAACUUUUUUUUUUUUUUUUUUUUUUUUUUGAGUUGGAGUCUUGAUCUGUAGCCACGGCU